UCGGGGGGGGGGGGGAUGGAGGCCCUGCAUCAGUACCGGAAUGAUCAUUUUCACCUUAGGCAUCAGUCUAAUUUGAAAGGAGACAUUGAUAGACAGAGAAAGGCGGAGAUAUUACUUGUUUUUUCCCUUGGAUAGAUGAAAAAUAAUCGCCUGGGUGUAUAUUCAGUGACUUCUUGAGCUGAACAACACAACAAGCUAUGGACACUGAUCAGAAGAAAGCAGUGCUUAUCUAAACAAGAAGCUGGGUACCCCUUCAUCACUCUUCCCAGAGCACCAGCAAAUGCUGUGACUAGAAGGAGGCCUAACCCUCCUCACACCCCUGCUUUCCAUGUAGGAAUAUGCAUUUUCAUGCCUUGCCUGUGGUCUACAAGAGUUUAGGCACAGAUAGGGAUCCAGAAUCUUCUGAGGCUCUCAGGUACCAUUGAGUCAGAUCACUCUGUAGUUUCUUCAGUUCCUGUCAUCACUUUAGGGAAUUCUAACUUGGCUUCUUCUAGAAUACUGCUUUUCUGUAUCUUGAUUACCAACUGGCUUCUCAAUUAAUUGCUUUAGAGAAGUUUAUUUUAUAAUAAUCAAUUGCAGGGUCCUAUAAACGAAUCUAGUAGUUAAGAUGGGCUCUCAGAUGUGUCCUAAAUAUUACACAAAUACAGAGACACUUACCAGAUAAACAUCUACAUCUUUUUGCAUGACUGCUAGAAUACCUGUAAAACUGUCUUGGACCAUAUUAGACUUUUCAGAUUUCUAGGGCUCCAGACAUUUGUUGGGAGGUAUAAGUAGUAUGGUAAGAGUUGCUCAUUUGUGCCUGUGAGUUGUGCCUAAGAUGUGUUUAAACUGUUGUGCCUUUGUAAGGAAGUAAUUCCACUAUUAUCAAUGUCCCCCGUUCCUGUCAUCAGACCAGUUACUACAAAUGGAUUGCGUAUCAGCUUCAAAACCAGCUGUACUUAGUGUUUUGCUGAUGUUUUGUUCAGUGUAGAAGAGAAAGAACAUGGUGAGUGUCUGGCAUGGCCCAGCUCCCUUUCAUGGAUAAAGAGUCCAUCACCGACAGCAGACAUUCAAUCAAUGGUUAUUGAAAGGGGCAGGAAAAAGUAUCCAAAAAAACCCUCUCAGAAUCAUUUGGAAAUAUUAGUUCCAAGCUUCUGAUACAAUGCCGUGUGGUUUGUUGCCCACAUAUGGUUAUUAUGAUCUACUUGUCAGCAAUGAUCCAGAAAUACUUUACUGUUGCAAUGCAAAGUAACAUCAUAAUCCAUUUUUACACUGUAAGUGUGUGUGGCCCAGUGAGUCCUUGCUCAGAUGCCAGACUCACCACUGUGAAGGAACUGGCUGACACAGUGCCCUGAAAUCUCAGGUAAGUAUAGUCAUCUCACACAGGCAUGGGUUGAGCCUGGUGUUUGAAGCCAAGAGGAGAGGCGAAGCUCUGCUCUUCUCUAAGUAGGAACCAUUUGGCAAUAUUCACAAGAGUUAGAGGGAAUAGGCUUUUGUGAAGAAAAUUGUGGUGUCUCAAGGCUGUUUUUAUUAAAACAUUUAGUCCACCAGCAUACCAAUUUUAAGAAUAAUUUAAUUCACAAAGCCUAUGAAAUAAACAGAAGAGUCUAGCCCCAACAGCUGCGUCCUACCACUGUGAUCCUGCUGUGGUGCAGGGUGAUUCAGUGGUCAAGAUCCCUCCCUACUGCUCUGCAUUUGGAUAUUUGUGAGGGGAAAAAAAAAACUAGAACUCAUUUCCUUUAAUAUCCAUAUGGCAUGUAGCAAAGCCACCAGAGAAUACUAAUCAAGAUUUUUUUGGUCAGCUCUAGCCAGAUGUUCAGGUAGCAAUAAUAGAGAUCUUCUCCUCCCUCUUAUUUUCUUUUCUUUGGGUUUUCUUCCCGAAUCCAAAGCUUUCCUGCUUUUACGGAUGGGGGUCACUCCUAAAGAAAGUACGCCAAGUUUAUCGUGUUUGCAGGACCACAUGCUGCUUCGACAGGUGACUAUCUCAUUGUGCAUUUUUGUAGCCUGUGCAACUGAGAGCAUGUGGAAUCCCAGGGGCUAGUCCUCCAAACACAGUGUUGAGUUUGAACUGCACUAAUCCACUGUUUGACAUUACAGAACAAUCAAAGGGGAGAAGAAAGUUUUCCUCCUGUGAGCCUACCCCAAAUGAGUGGCAGGAUGUAACCUCUCUGUGAUUUUCCAUAAAGUUUUCCGUGAUAUCAGGGGGUACUGACUCCUGGAGGUGCAUGCUUUAAAUUAGGUCCUGGCUAUGAUUUCCCAUAAGAGGGAAAUAUAAGGCAGUGAAGAAAUACAGACAUAGAUAUCUUUGUAAUAUUCUUUCUCAUAAAUAUUUUAACUCACUAUCAAGACCCUAUUUGAUCCUCAAUCAAGUGAGUGAUUUAAAGAAAAAAUUAUCUUUGGGGGCUGGGGAGAUGGCUCAUUUAGUAUGAUUGCUUGUUUUGCAAUCAUGAGGACUUGGGUUCAGAACCCCAGUACCCACAUAAGAUGCUGGACAUAGCCACAUGUGCCUGUGAUCUCAACAUUGGGAUGUAGGGACAGGCUCAUCUGCGGGGCUCUCUAACCAUCCAGUCUUGACAGACAGUGAGGUUCUAGUUCAGAGAGACCCUUUGUCAAAGGAAUAAGGGCAGAGAGAGUCACACGGGAAUAGACAGGACUUCUUUUUCUGGCUUUCAGUUGUGGCUACCACUUACAGAUGAAACAUACACACACACACAAAGAACUUACCUUUGUGAUUUUUUUAAGUCAUGUUUUCAGCCUUUCCUAUAACUGCGAUUUUGGUUAAUCAUCCUAACAGGUGGCUGGGAAGAAAUCAUGUGUAGAAAGUUCUCAUAGCUUAUAGCAAACCAGAAGAUAUGCUCAUGAGAGAAAUGCAAACCCAUGAAUGUAGUUCCCCCCCCCCCACACACACACACACAAAGAGAUAGUUCAGGGACAGUGUGUGAUGUUAUAUGUCCUGCAUGGGGAGACACUGAAACCGUGUUUUCAGUUCCUUUUCUCUCCCUGGAAAUCUAUGCAAUAAACAGAGCCAAGAAACUUUGGAAUAUACUCUGGUGAAACAUAAAGGAGAUGAAAAAAAAGUCCUUUGAAACUCCAAUUUAACCAGUGCAAGCUAGCAGCCAGUACAGUGAAAUAACUGCCUCUUUUGUCCUUUGGGUUUGGUGUUUCUGUACACUAGGAAAGAGUUAGGGAAUAUAUCUGCCUUGUGUGUUUGUUUGGAGCCCUUGGCUGUUUCGAAUACUUUCAAGAUGAAUGCUUGUUUCCUGCAUUUCCUUAAACAAGUUCAGUUAAACAUAUUGGUUAUCCCACGAUGCAUGAUUAUUCAAUACAUUACAGAAUACAGGAAAAUCAAUUGGGCCAUCCCCUUUCUCCCAUCGCCCCCUCCUGUCUGUGACACUGUGUGAGGAAUUGAGAGUGCGUGUGCAUAUGUGCAUGCAUGUGUAUGAGUGUGUCUGGGAGGUAGACAGAUUCCCUACCUGGAAAUGGCUUGCUAUUAUUAGAUGUUCAGUUACCAGGGGUUAUGUAAGACAAUUGAAGCUCUGUUUUUUAACAGAGACAUGAUUCAUGCUGCUUGUAGUAACAGUAACCACCUCCGAACGAGACAGAAACCAGACGCAGACAAAGGCUGGAGAAAUCAAUGCCGACUCCGUGCAGCCAUUCUUCCGAUAGCCUCUGCCUUUCAAUCAGGGCACUUAGGUUAUCAAGAAAGGAGGCUCCUGCUAAUUCUGGAUCCUUUCUGUCUCCUGGGACUGCCAGAUAAAUUCAUGCGUCUGGAGCUAGGUACAGGAAAAACCAGGCUUCAGGAGCAGUAACAUCUGACCUUCCUCCCUAGGAUCUCGCCAGUAUUCAGACACACCUGGCAAGGAACAGUGCCCACACGUGUACUAGGCACAGGCCUCUCCAUGCCUUCUAUUUAGAAAGCUUGGAACUCGAGUGUUGGACUCACCCACUCUCAGAACUUCCCUUGGGUGAUGUUUUCAGCAGGCCAAGGGAACAAAGAAUGGAGUGGUAUUAGAGUUGGUACCCCUUUAUUACAGCAUUUCUCCAAACUCCAGCAGACACAGACUUGCUUCUCAGCCCUCACACAGGCUCAAGACCCUUCCCUGGUCCCUUCAGACUACACCAACUCCACAGUACCCAUGAAUUUGCAUGUCAGCCCCUCAACUGUGUAGGACACAAUACCACCUUUCAGGUGAGAACCAGCUCAAUGUUUAAUGGUAGUGUUCUUUGUCCAUGAUUUUAUAUAUAUAAAAAAUUACAGCUAGGGAAAGUUGGUGACCUGACCAGGGUCAUGCAGAUCCUCUUUUAGAUGCAAACAGAAUGUGCAGAUCUAGUUCUCAGUCUAGGCUCUCCUCUUCAAGUUUGCUACAAAGUUUGGUGGUAAACAGGAUAUUUUUGAGAAAAAAUAAAAUUUAAAAAAAAAAAAGGCUUUUCUGCUGAAAACCUUGUUGUAGAUUACACUCAUUUGCCAGGCAGCUGAAAUGUCUCCCCUCCCCUCUGCUCUACCCCAGGCCCUAAGUGGCUCAUCUGUGUGAAUCAUGGCAGGAACUCAUGUUUAAAGAAAGUACCGUGUGACUGUUCCUGUGUCUACCCCAGUGAGAUAGAGCAUCCCAGCAGUAUUUCCCUGUCCCUACCAGUGACAUCCCAGAAGGAUGUGGACAUCUUGGGCUUCACCCAGACCCUGGAAAUAAAUUACUUCAGCUACAAAAAGAAGCUAGUUCCUGCCUGAAGAACUCAGAAAAUAGCAGUCCUGCCCCAGCUCCACACCCCACAGGCAGGCUGAUCUUCAGUCUCUCUAACACAUGUAAGCCGCCGAAAAAGACAACUUUGAGUGUAGAAAUGACAGAGAACUGUCUAGCCAUGUACUCUCAUCAAGCCAAUAAUCCCCUGCAACAAAAUUUCAUUUUAAGAAAUACCAUUAUUGCUUACUAGGGUUGAUCAACAUCGUGAUACAUUCUUAAGGCUAUUAACUAUGGAUACAAAAUUUCAUUAAUAUUUCUGCUAUUUCACAUGUUCCUUACCUAUUUUAAGGUAAAACACAAGUAAACAUUCUCAUUUAUAAAAUAGUUUUUAACUAAAUCCUCUGUGUACCACUCUUUUAAUCAAGGAGGGAAGUGAAAGACUUCACAGACCAUAUUUAAUGAGCACUUACUCUUCUAAUAAAUUAUAAAAGUCAUCUGUUCCUACAGUUUUUAAGGAAGAAAGCCGUACUCUCCUGAACACAAUAAAGCUCCCUGAUCGUACACCCAGAAACUAUAUUUCUAGCCCCAAUCUUAGCACAGACUCACUCUUAGGAAAUAGGUUAAGUCUCUACUUGAGAUAACAUCUCAUCUGCAGAACUCAAAGCCCUUUGCUAUCUGAUUGCUCUGCACUGGCCUGGGAAGACCAGCCCUGGGCUCUCUGUGUGGUGGCAGUAAGCAGUUUUCUGGGAAGACAGAACUCACUGUUUGGGAGUUUUGUGUUGUGCAAGUGGCUGCCAGGCUGCCUUAGCUUACAUAACACAAUGUGUCUCCAGACUGACUGGAGAUAGAGGCUAGUAUAUGGGUGAUAGGCGGCAGAGAAUUCUACAGACACCUGCUGCAUGCCCUGAUGAUGUCUUUGUUUGCAUCAGGUUACCAUGAUUUGAUGAUCACAAAUAGAAAUUUUCCUUGGUAUAAAAGCGUGUUUGUUUGGUGCUGCUUAUCCUUUUGUCCUGCUCUCUGUUUGGUAUCGACUAAGGCAGAGUCUGUCUUACAGUUAGCCCCAAAGCAGCCUUUGCCGUUAGGUCCAGUCUUUUUCAAAAGCCUGAGACACAGUGGCAUUUGGAGAGGUAAUGGCUAUAAUAGUGGAUGGUGUUUCUUUUCAACAAAAUAUCAUACAUUCUACCUGGGCCUUUACCAUCCUAAACAGCCUCCUACAGAACUCAGAGCUGGACUUAUCAGGCCUCCAAUAACUAUGGCAACCAAUAACGUGGUUAUAACAUCCUAAUGUGUACAAAGACCUGCUGUAGGUGUUGAUGUUUCUGUAAACUAUGAGGCAGCCUAUUCCCUAGAGGACUGACACACUCCCAAAUGAUACAGAAAGCAGACAGUAAACACUAUUUAUCUAAAUGCUAAGCCAAUGUCAGAGGUCAGUGUCGCCCAAGGCAUUCCUCCCAAAGAUGGUUUCAUAAGGGAUAUGUUUUCCUGCGGGCCUUGAAUGGGAAGAAAGUUCUGGUACAAAAGGGAAGGUGACAAUGGUGGUAUACUGUCAUUUACAUGGUGUGCUCAGAAGCUUAGGGAGACAAAUGUGUUAAUCUUUCUGACCCCUAAGAGUUAGCAGGUUAAUACUAAAUGGAGUACUAACAGAAAGACCUUAUUGUAUAGACAUUCAGUGACUUUCAUCAUAGGCAAAAAAAUAAAAUAAAAAACAAAAGCUUUCCUCUAAUUUUCCUCAGGCAUUUUUUAGGUGAAAUAAUGUCUCAUAAAUCCAAUAAGCUUGGGCAAAUAUGGGGUCCUCAACACCUUUCUAGUAUAUGGUGAGCACACAAGAGGGAGCAAAGCCUAUAGGGCUUCCUAAAUUUAUUUGAGCAAAACCUUCUUCAGAUUUUCUUUUAAGUGACUUUCUUGUGUGGGGUUGGGGGCCGUGUAGAAAUAGCGCAAGUGUGCAUGGAGGUCAGUCUUGGGGGAGUCAUCUAUCUUGUCUUUCUAACCCCUGGGUCCCCAGGUCGUGCUCAGAGUUGGCAGAAUUGCCUUCACAAACGGAGCCAUCACACCAGCCCAACUUUGAAUUUUAAAAAUGCAGCCGCUCUCUGUCCCCUGCCCCAAUGAACAUCUGCACUAGGCCCAAGCCUUGGAGUGACUUACCUGAAGAGUGACACCAUUUAUCUGAAAACUACUAAAGUAUAAUUGAGAGGAAAAGUGUGAAAGAAAUGCAAAGGGGAGACAAUAGGAAGAAACCCAAGACAGCUGAAAACCAGAAGGCAUCUGAGGAGAAUGAGAUUACUCAGCCGGGUGGAUCCAGCGCCAAGCCGGGCCUUCCCUGCCUGAACUUUGAAGCUGUUUUGUCUCCAGCCCUCAUCCACUCAACACAUUCACUGACAAACUCUCACGCUCACACCGGGUCGUCUGAUUGUGACAUCAGUUGCAAGGGGAUGACCGAGCGCAUUCACAGCAUCAACCUUCACAACUUCAGCAAUUCCGUGCUCGAGACCCUCAACGAGCAGCGCAACCGUGGCCACUUCUGUGACGUGACGGUUCGCAUCCACGGGAGCAUGCUGCGCGCACACCGCUGUGUGCUGGCAGCCGGCAGCCCCUUCUUCCAAGAUAAGCUGCUGCUGGGCUACAGCGACAUCGAAAUCCCAUCCGUGGUGUCAGUGCAGUCGGUGCAGAAGCUCAUUGACUUCAUGUACAGUGGUGUGCUGCGAGUCUCACAGUCGGAAGCUCUGCAAAUCCUCACGGCCGCCAGCAUCCUGCAGAUCAAAACGGUCAUAGAUGAGUGCACACGCAUCGUGUCACAAAACGUGGGUGAUGUGUUUCCAGGCAUCCAGGAUUCUGGCCAGGACACACCAAGAGGCACACCAGAGUCAGGCACAUCUGGCCAGAGCAGUGACACAGAAUCAGGCUACCUGCAGAGCCAUCCACAACACAGUGUGGACCGAAUCUACUCGGCACUGUACGCUUGUUCCAUGCAGAAUGGCAGCGGCGAGCGCUCUUUCUACAGCGGUGCGGUCGUCAGCCACCACGAAACCGCACUCGGCCUGCCCCGUGACCACCACAUGGAAGACCCCAGCUGGAUCACACGCAUCCAUGAGCGCUCCCAGCAGAUGGAGCGCUACCUGUCCACCACCCCUGAGACCACACACUGCCGCAAGCAGCCCCGGCCUGUGCGCAUCCAGACCCUCGUGGGCAACAUCCACAUCAAGCAGGAAAUGGAGGAUGACUAUGACUACUAUGGGCAGCAAAGGGUGCAGAUCCUAGAGCGCAAUGAAUCCGAGGAAUGCACGGAAGACACCGACCAGGCCGAGGGCACAGAGAGCGAGCCCAAAGGUGAAAGCUUUGAUUCCGGGGUCAGCUCCUCUAUUGGCACCGAACCUGACUCAGUGGAGCAACAGUUUGGAGCGGGAGCCUCAAGGGACAGUCAGGCGGAACCCGCCCAACCUGAGCAGGCAGCAGAAGCCCCAGCUGAGGGCAGUGCCCAGCCAAACCAGCUAGAAACAGGUGCCUCCUCUCCGGAGAGAAGCAACGAGGUGGAGAUGGACAACACAGUGAUCACUGUCAGUAACAGCUCUGAUAAGGGCGUCCUACAGCAGCCUUCAGUCAACACAUCCAUUGGGCAGCCAUUGCCAAGUACCCAGCUCUAUUUACGCCAGACAGAAACGCUCACCAGCAACCUGAGGAUGCCUCUGACCUUGACCAGCAACACACAGGUCAUUGGCACAGCUGGCAACACCUACCUGCCAGCCCUCUUCACUACCCAGCCCGCGGGCAGUGGCCCCAAGCCUUUUCUCUUCAGCCUGCCACAGCCCCUGACAGGCCAGCAGACCCAGUUUGUGACAGUGUCCCAGCCCGGCCUGUCUACCUUUACUGCACAGCUGCCAGCGCCCCAGCCCCUGGCAUCAUCUGCAGGUCACAGCACAGCCAGUGGGCAAGGCGAAAAAAAGCCUUAUGAGUGCACUCUCUGCAACAAGACUUUCACAGCCAAACAGAACUACGUCAAGCACAUGUUCGUCCAUACAGGUGAGAAGCCGCACCAGUGCAGCAUCUGUUGGCGCUCCUUCUCCUUGAAGGAUUACCUUAUCAAGCACAUGGUGACCCACACAGGCGUGCGAGCCUACCAGUGCAGCAUCUGCAACAAGCGCUUCACCCAGAAGAGCUCCCUCAACGUGCACAUGCGCCUGCACCGCGGGGAGAAGUCCUACGAGUGCUACAUCUGCAAGAAGAAGUUCUCCCACAAGACCCUGCUGGAGCGCCAUGUGGCCCUGCACAGUGCCAGCAACGGGACCCCUCCCGCAGGCACGCCCCCAGGGGCCCGCGCCGGCCCGCCAGGCGUGGUGGCCUGCACUGAGGGGACCACUUACGUCUGCUCCGUCUGCCCAGCAAAGUUUGACCAAAUCGAGCAGUUCAACGACCACAUGAGGAUGCAUGUGUCUGACGGAUAAGUAGUACCUUUCUCUCUUUCUUAUGAACCAAACAAAACAACAACAAAAGAAAUAAACAAACAAACAAACAAACAAAAAGCUA